UCCUGCAGCGCAACCGCGUUACUAAGAGACGCGAGGAUCGCAGAGGCCACAACACUUGGCCUCUCGCUAGCCCUGCCCUAGGAUCCCGAAUAAAGAACGCGAGCACCGCCACGCCCGCCUGUGAGCUCCCGGGCGCCCCCGGCCUCUCCAGCUCAGCGGAGCGAGGAUAACCGGAGGGCCGAACCCAGGGAUAGGUGGAUGCGUCGCUGGAGGCGGGGGCCCUGCCCGCCAACCCCAGCGCCCCGGCCGUAGCCCCACCCCGGAAGUCUUUGCUUCGCCUUCUCCGCCCAGCAGUUCUCUAGUCUUGAGGGUAAGAACUGUGUGACUCAUGCCUUCAUUUAGAUUCAUGUAAAUCUGGAGCUAAGUUCAAACAACUCUGGGAAUUAUGAUUUCAGAAUGCAGUGGGCCCGGCGCGGUGGCUCAUGCCUGUAAUCCCAGCAUUUUUGGAGGCCAAGACAUUCUUGGUAAUAAGGCCUCUGUAACCAUGGCUAGUUCUGACGUAAAACCAAAAUCAGUAAGUCGUGCCAAAAAAUGGUCAGAAGAGAUAGAAAAUCUGUACAGAUUUCAACAAGCGGGAUAUCGGGAUGAAACCGAAUAUAAACAAGUGAAACAAGUUUCUGUGGUAGAUCGUUGGCCAGAGACAGGAUAUGUGAAGAAACUUCAGAGAAGGGACAAUACGUUCUAUUACUACAACAAACAGAGGGAAUGUGAUGACAAGGAAGUCCACAAAGUGAAAAUUUAUGCUUACUAGCCUGUCUUCUUUGUAUUACUUGUCAAUUAUACUUUAAGAAUUCAUCAUUUCCUUCUACAUCAUGUAAAUGUUUGUCAUUUUACGAAAUAAUUCAAAAUGCAAUCUUCAG